ACAGCAACAAAAAUUAGAAAAAGGAGUAAAAGCAAAGGGAAAAAAAGACCUGCCCAACCUCAGAGCUGAGCAAGUGGCCUCGGCCACCUCAAUUAAGGGAUGGCUCUUAAUUAACAGGACUGCAGGAGCCUGUAGGACACGGGCGAAGUCUGCGGAGUUCAAGAGAGAAAGUUUUCAGACUCAAAACAAAUCUAACGUGCUUUUCGUUUACCAAAUACCGCACUGUCUCCCUGAGCCCGUGAAUAACCCGCGAGAAAGCAGCAGCAAACCCCACUUCUCCAACAUUCCUCUGGGCACCGACAUCCAACAAGAACCGACACUUCCUCCUCGCCCUCCACUAUCCUAGCGAGUUAUUUCUGAGGAGAUCGAUCCUGAAGAGAGAAGAGAGACGAGAGUCGGAGGAGAUUCCCGCAAGGGAAGAGGGAGGAAAAGACCAAGGCAGAAGGGGGGCGCGGUGGCAGCCAAAGCGAAGGUCCUGGCUGCGCCCUGCGGCUGCACUCUGGGCUGCGGCUGCCGGGCAGCCCCAUCCCCUCCGCUCCCAGAACUUGUGUAACAGGCUGCUUCGAGCCCGCCGCGCCCCCGCUCCCUCCUCCCGUCUCCGCUCCUCCUUCGCAGCCAAUGGCACUAAGCGAGGUGGCUGCAUGCGGUGGCGCCGACCCAGUGCCCGGGCUGGGAGGAGAGGAGGAAGAGAGGGCGGCAGCCGACUCCGCUCGCCGCUCGCUCCCGUCCGCCGCUCCCCGGCGCUCCUCCCGCACGGCCCGAGCUGCCCCCGCCGGGACCCGCAGCAUGGACUCGGACUCCGGGGAGCUCAGCGAAGGCGAGCUGGUCUCUCCCGCAGGUCCCGAUUGUUUCAGUUCCAAGAAUCUCGCACUGCAAGCCCAGAAAAAGAUCCUGAGUAAAAUGGCAACAAAAACCAUGGCUAACAUGCUGAUCGAUGAUACAAGCAGUGAAAUCUUCGAUGAGCUGUACAAAGUAACAAAGGAACACACAAGAAACAAAAAGGAAGCCCAUAAAAUUAUGAAAGACCUGAUUAAAGUGGCAAUAAAAAUCGGGAUCCUCUAUCGAAAUAAUCAGUUCAACCAAGAAGAGCUGGAAAUCGUAGACAAGUUCAGGAAGAAGCUGAACCAAACUGCCAUGACAAUUGUCAGUUUUUACGAGGUAGAAUACACUUUUGACAGGAACGUUCUUGCAGAACUUCUGAAUGAAUGUAAAGACCUUGUGCAUGAACUAGUAGAUCGACACCUGACACCAAGAUCCCACGGGCGCAUCAACCAUGUCUUCAAUCACUUCGCGGAUGUGGAAUUUCUAACUGCCCUGUACAGUCUUGAUGGGGAUUGUCGGCCAUACCUCAAAAAGAUCUGUGAUGGCAUCAACAAGCUACUUGAUGAGAAGGUACUUUGAAACUACACUCAGAAUGAAGAAAACAACCAAAAACUUGUCUCUAGAACUGGCCACCCUUCAUGAGCCAUGGUGAGCAAGUGAGCUUCCUUCGCAGCGGUCUCUUACUACAUUCUCCAGCGGGGGCCAGAAAGUGCCCACCAGGCUCAUGAUGAAGUGGAAAACUUAAGAAAGUAAGCUAUCGGUUUUAACAUUUUGUUCAGAUAAUUCAGUCUUUUCCAAGGAGCAGAGUGAGUAAGGCUGCCGGUACCUAUUGUUCAGAAACAGAUUGCUAUACACCAUGAUCUUCCUAGCUUUGUGUUCAAAGCUAAGCGUGUGAAAAGAAAGGAAACUCAAACACGUGGCUAUGUAAAAAGAGACAGGUGAAGGCAAAAGAACAAUGCAUGGAAUGUACCCCCAGGCUGCCCUCGGUGCACAUGUUUUUAUUGUUCCCAUGCUAAUUGAAAAAGCUUAGACACAUGGAUUUAAGCUCACUCCUUUUGAAAGAAUCAGGUAUCAAUACUAGAGGUCAUUUCUGGUUUUAUGUAAUAUUUAAGUCUAAUAGGGGAGUAACAAAUAAUACAAAUCAAGCAGAAGCAGUAGAAAACUUAAAGAGCUGCUCCAUGGAGCAGUAUUUUCAUUAGAGAGUUUUGUGUUACACCUGCUAAUAAAAGAGUGAAGGUUUGCAUUUAAUUUUGAAAAGCAAGCGCAGAGGUAAGUAGAAAACGAGAUACAGUAGUACGUUAGUGUCCUCACUCUCAGGCAUUAUGUAUUUGGUAGUAAAUGAGUUUCGGCUGCAGGUUGCGCUGCUCUUCGUGGUCUCGCUCUUUUGCCUUCCAGAACAAAAUACUCUUUGGGAAGAUUUUGAAAGUGCACUUGUGAAGAGGAGCACAACCAUGACGCCAACAGAGCGACAAAGUGAUGUUUACAACCCCUAUCCUAAAGAUACUCAGCCUAGAUAGAACUCUUGGUUUAACAAGUCCAUGAUAUUAAAUUAGUGCCUACGGUAAAAGAGAGGUGCAACAAAAAAGGAAUCCCAUCUGCUGUGCUCACAGAGCCAUCCAAGUGUCAUACAUCUGCAGUAGUCUGAAGAGAACAGUCUUAGUGACACUGGUAAGCUUCAUGGAAGAAUUGUUGAGAAGGUUUCCAGUGAGUUUUAUUUUCCUUUUUAAACAAAAUAUACUGAUGUCUUCAAACAUGAAAACAUUUUGCAAAUAAAUAUUGAUUUCUGUAGAGUUUUGUUAGGAUUAGGGAAGAAUCGGAGCAGAUAGAGCAGAAUCUUGCAGCUGGGUAGGCGCUGGCUGACCUUAUAUAAAGGAAUAUGUUUGGAAAUCUCUCCUCUCCUUGUCCUCUACUCACACUUCAGUGUCAUUUACCGUCUCCGUUUAGUUGACACAGAUAGCAGACACUCCCAUUACCUGGAGGUAACACUUUCUAUAUCACGUACAUUAUAUUAUAUUACAUUACAGAGAUGUGUGAACUUGAAAA